UUCCUCUAUGAACUUGCGUAGCAAUGCCGUUGUAGUUAUACACAACUUCUGUGUGACUGGGCUCACAAUCAGGCAAUCAGAGAACGCUGGCCUAGAGGACUCUGUAGUAGCUACACCUGUGUCAGAAUGGCUGUGAACAAAAUGACUGCUACUCUACUUGUGGCCCUCUUACUGGCUGCUGGAAGGUUUUCUCAAUGUUACAGUGGCAGUGAUACAACAGAACGUGGUCAUGAAACAGAUACCCACAAUGAAGAAGUAAAAACCAACCACGGGACUAGCUUAAUAAAACGAAAUAUUGUUGAUGAUCCACUGUUUAUUGGAUUUACUCAGAGAUCACAAACAGUAUCAGAAGGUUCUUCUGGAGGAGUGGAUAUCUUCAGCAUUGGUAUAGAUAUAGCUGUUUCAAGAACAACUGAAAGAGAGUACAGAAUGAUGUUUAUUCUCGAACAAAACAGUACAGCUAUAGUUGAACCUUCCACCGCAAUUUCACGGGCUGACUUUGAUGCAGCUUUUGGUACCGGUUCUCCUACAAUGGAGUUGAGAGAUUUGAGAGAAGGACGGAACGCAAUAUUUCCACCACUUACUUCCUCAAUAAACAAUGAUUUUAUUCCCGAGGAAGAGGAAUGCUUCACAAUACGCAUUUUCCCCAUUGAUUUUCAAGGAUCAUUUUUAUGUAAUGAUGAUGAUGAUGCAGAUGCUGUAAGCUUUUUCUGUAAUCACACCAUCUGCAUUCAAGAUGAUGAUGAGCCAUUUGUUGUGGCGUUUGUGGAGACAGUGUACACUGUUUAUGAGAAUGUGGGUGCAGUGAAUGUCUGUGUCAAUCUCACUCGACCAGAAGUUGACAUUCUUGAUGAGACUGUCAACGUGUUUGUCAUUGAUAACUCCAGUUCAGUCUACAUCCCAGCUGGUGCUCCACUUGCCACUCCAGAUCCACCUGAUUUUCUCAGUCUGUACCCAAUGAGAGAAGGUUCUGACUAUGCCCAGCAAAUUCCGUCUGUCAAUCUCACUAUUGACGAACUGAUGAGGAUUGUCUGCUAUGGCCAGGAACUCUAUGAUGAUAUUUCUGUCGAACUGGAUGAGUAUAUCGGCCUCCAACUAGGGCUUGGGCGCGAUGAGAACCCUGCUGUACCUAAAAUGGUGGAUCCAGCACAUAGCCAGGCUUCAAUUGUUAUCUUAGACAAUGACAAUGCUGUAGUUGGUCUUGAGCAGACGUACUUCAAUGUGAUAGAGAGUGUGGGUGUUGUUGAACUAUGUGCCAAAAUUACAUUCCCAUCAAUUAAUUGCCCGGUGGAAUUUCCGUUUGAUAUUGGACUAUCAACAGCAGAUGGAACUGCAGUACAAACUGCAGACUAUGAAGCACUUGAUGUUCUGCUGACAUUUGAUACCUGUGAGACUAGAAAAUGUGUGAAUGUCAGCAUAAUAGAUGAUGGUGUGGAUGAAUCAGAUGAGUUCUUCACAUUUAACUUAACAAGGACUUCAAAUCUUCACACUAGGAUUGAAGUAGAUCCAGCUAGCGGAAGAGUACUUAUAUAUGGUGGGGAUGUGAACAUCACACUUGGCUACAACUCAACCCUCUACAAAACGAGCGAAAGUCGUGGAAUGGUUGAGCUGCGGAUUCAACUCCUUAAACCACCAGGAGGAGCUCCACAACCUUUCACAAUAAUAGUCAACACCUAUAAUGGCACUGCAAGUUCUUCUGAUGUAGACUAUAGUGCCGUGAGCAAUGAGAUUGUUCAAUUCAGUGUGGGAGAAAUGUUUCAGACCCACACUAUCACAAUAAACGAUGACACUGUCUGUGAGAACACAACAGAGACUUUCUUCUCCAGCAUUUCCCGUGGUACAGCGACGUUUAUACAUGUCACUCAGCCUCAAGCAAUGAUCAUAAUUGAUGACUCACAAGAAGCAGAAUGUAUUCCAAUUGAAGUUGGCUACGGGCUCUCGGCCUACACUACAACUGAGAAUGACAGAGAAAUUGCUCUCUGUACUGUUGUUAUGAACCAUGAAAAUGGUUCUCCAAGACCAUUCACUCUCACUGCCACUACCAGGGAUGGAACAGCAAAAUCAGGCAAUGACUAUAGAAGAGUAGCGAAUGUGCUACUAAGGUUUGCAGUAGGAGACACUCGUGCCUGCCAAACUGUCAGAAUAUUUCAAGAUGAUGAGUGCGAGGCUGAUCACAUUGAGGACUUUUUCUCCACCGUGGAAUACAGUAGUGGAGAAAUGCCCAUAAUUAUUACACGAAACAGUACAGACAUAGUAAUUAGUGACAGAGAUGAACCCGAGUGUGGGCCAAUUGAAGUGGGUUACAAUGCUGACACAAUCUUUGUAACAGAGAAAAGUAGAAGUAUCGUUCUCAUAAUUAGAGUCUUUAGUCAUCCUUCGACUGGAGCACCACGACCUUUCAGUCUUGCUGUCAGAACUAUGGAUGGCACUGCAAUUGGUGGUGGUGACUAUGCAAAUGUAAGCGAUCAGAUUGUGCGGUUCAUGAGUGGAGACAUUAUUCAGAAUCACACUAUCACCGUCAACGACGAUGAUGCCUGUGAAGUUGGUCCGAAUGAAUACUUUUACUCACAUAUUACACUGGACAGUGGUAUUCCAUCUAUCAGUGUGACCGUACCACAAACAAAGGUCACUAUUGAUGAUUAUGAUGACCUUGAGUGUGAGCCAAUAUUUGUUGGCUAUGAUCCACCAGUGUACACGGUGAGUGAAGGCAAUAGAACACUGAAUUUAACUAUUAAAGUCUUCAGCCACCCAAUCAGUGGAGCUCCACGACCUUUCACUCUGUCAUUUGAUCUUGAAGAUGGCACUGCAAAUGCUGGUGUUGACUAUGUAAAUAUGAGUGAACAUAUAAUAUUUAUGAGAGGAGACGUUAUUCAGACUCACACUAUUCUCAUUGAAGAUGACGAUGAAUGCGAAAUUGGUACAAAUGAACAGUUUUUGUCAAAUAUCGCUGUUUCCAGUGGCAUAGCUGAUAUCCGAGUGACUGUCCCUCAAGCCAAUAUUACUAUCGAAGAUAGUGAUGAGUUUGAAUGUGGACGAAUAACUGUUGGCUAUGAUCCUGAUGUAUACACCAGUAGAGAAGGUGAUGGGCAUGUGACCCAAACAAUUAGGGUAUUUAGUCAUCCGUCCACUGGAGCUCCACGACCUUUUAAUGUGACGGUCAACACUAGAGACGGCACAGCUUCAAUUGCUGCUGGUCACUAUGUUCCAGUGACAUAUCAAAUCGUGCAUUUCAGUAGAGGGGAAACAACAGUUACCCUCGAUAUCACAACCAGUAGUAGACAAAACUGUGAACCCGACCCAAUUAGAUUCUUUUUCUCUGAUAUUUCGCAAGAGAAUGACACCCUGCAUAUCAAUGUGCUCGUGCCUCAAUCUACUAUCAUCCUCAUUGAUGCCUCUAGUGCAGACGAGUGUGGAGAAAUUAAUGUCGGCUACGACCAAGUUAUGUACCAGGCAAGGAAAGGUGUGCCAGAAGUUACACUUGUUAUCAAGGUUUUCAGUCCUCCAUCCACUGGGGCACCAAGACCUUUUGCUCUUGCCAUCAGUACCGUUGAUGGCACUGCAACUGCCAGUGACGGUGAUUUUACGGCAGUGAUUGGUGAGAUUGUACAGUUUGAUGAGGGUGAUGUUACUCAAACUCACACCAUCGUUAUCGACAAUGAUUUUGAGUGUGACAACAAUACCAACAAGUCUUUCUUCUCCCGUAUUAUCCUCGAGAGUGGCAUUCCUGUUAUAAAUGUGGCUGUGUCUCAAGCUACAGUCUUCAUUGAUGAAGUAGAAUGCGUUGUGGACUGUGGUGCUUCUCCUGAACUAGAGAAUGGAAAUAUAUCAAACCUAUCCAUGAACACAAUGUCCAACUCUAUUGCUUCUUAUGAGUGUAGUGAUGGUUAUCACUUUCACAAUGAUAACACCUCACGAACUUGUCUUUCCAGUGGUAACUGGUCAGAAGAAAACAUUUUAUGCGUCUCCAGCGAAGAAGAGAGUGUCGCCAGUGUUGGUGUUCUGGCUGCCAUAUUCACCAGUGCUGCAGUUCUUCUGAUACUGUUGUGUUUAGCAGUCGGUUGUGUGGUGAGACACAGGCUAAGGAAAUCAAAACGUUCAUCGUCUCUCAAUUCAAGAACUACCAGGUCCAACAAUAUACAGCUGUAUCCUAGUCUUUCAAAAGUAUCAGUGUUAUCCCGAUCACCAGUAGAGCAACUGAAGCAAGAGCUCAGCACAAAGAAGAUGCUUUUCCAAAAGAGUCAACUUGAACUUACCAAAGUUGUUGGUCAAGGAGAGUCAGGUUUGGUAUACAGAGGAUAUGUCGUUAUGAAUACAAACAAAGUGCUGGUUGCCAUAAAGACUGGAAAAGCUCUACUUGCGGUGACUGACAAGGAGAGGUUACUGAAGGAAGUGUCACUCAUGCUCACUUUCAGUCACCCCAAUGUCAUGCCACUAAUUGGACUCUCCUUUGAUGAAGAUACACCCCUGAUCAUUAUGCCAUUCAUGUCUAAUGGUACUGUUCUGAGCUAUGUUAGAGAGAGCAGGAAGAGUCUGUAUUUCCUCGAGUCAUCUGACAACAUUCAAGUUGAAGCUGCCAGGAACACCUGCCUGGGAAUAUGCCACCAGAUAUCCAAAGGCAUGGCUUAUCUUGCUAACUUCAAGUUUGUUCAUCGUGACUUGGCUGCCAGAAAUUGCAUGAUUGAUGAAAACGGCAUCAUCAAAGUAGCCGAUUUUGGACUGACAGAAGACAUGUACAACUCUAACUACUACCGCCAAGAGAAAAGACAGGCUGGAACUGAGGAAAGGGUCCCUCUCAAGUGGAUGGCUCUGGAGAGCAUCGAAACCCACGUGUUUGAUGAGAGCACUGAUAUGUGGUCAUUUGGAGUGACGUGUUGGGAGGUGUUCACAUGUGGAGGAGUGCCGUAUGCUGGGGUCCCAGUCACCACUCUACUGAGUGAGCUCCGCUCUGGACACAGACUUGAUAGACCCAGCAACAUCGCCUGCUCUGAUGACAUAUGGUCAGUUGUGACCUCAUGCUGGUCAGCCAGUCCUCGGGAGAGGCCAAAGUUUGCCACACUGGUCAACACCCUCACUGACCUCUUGGACAGUGACUCCAACUACAUCAAGCUUCUGGGAUAGAAUUGUCUACUUGUAGUACACUGACAUUUUAUAAUUACAGUGGAUGAAGUUUGUUGUGUAGCUAUAAUUAUACAUCCACUAACCCUGUGUGUAUGGUCUGUGUACUCAUUAGAUCACUAACUAGAUAUUU